UUUCUUUAGUAGCAGCUGCAGUAGUAGUAUUCUUUCAAGAACCAGUAGGUGCAUAAGCAAAAUACAUUGUUACAAUGGUACUGACACUGAGGCUCCAAAAGGAGACACUGCUGUUGCAUCUUCAAGAGUGAAAUGGAGGAUUGAGAACUUUUCUAAGUUGAGCAAGAUGCAUUUUUCGGAUACAUUCUCUGUUGGUUGUCAUAAAUGGCGGUUACUAAUGUAUCCUAAAGGAGCAAUUCAGGGGAACUUAUCUCUUUACCUUUGUGCUGUGGGCUUCUCCAAUCUCCCUUCUGUAGACUUCCAUUUGGGUGUUAUUAACCAAUUUGAUAAUAGCUACACAGUCAGAAAAGGUGCGCAUUACAAGUUCACUGCACUAGAUCGUGCUCGGGGUUUUACAUCUAUGAUGCCUCUUAAUGAACUCAAUGGCCCCCGUAAAGGAUACAUUGUGGAAGAUAUUUGCAUGGUUGAAGCUGAGAUUACUAUGCCUGGAGUUCCUGAGUAUCAAAUACCAACUUCUUUGGAGGCACACAAUGGUAACUUAAUGGAAGUAGAACUGAGUGUAGAGGCGCUCGCGGAAGUUGUGACGCCUACGCAAGAUAUCCACCCAGUUGCGGCGCCAACACAAACAAGUGAACUUACAGGGAUAAUGGAAGCUGUAGCUGAGGUCAAAGUUUCUGGUGCAGCAAACAAAGAUAAGUUUCCAGGUGCUGGCCGACUAUAUGAAGAAGGUAGAUACUGCAAAGAAGUUAUUAUGGAUGAGAAAUUCGAAGAAGUUGGAGGCUUCAGGGUACUGAAAACACAAGCGUCAUUAUAUAAAGAGAUCUGGUUGAAUUAUGGGCACAUUGCUUCAAGCCAAGUUCUUAAGGAUUUAUAUUCUUCCCAGGUAGCCAUUGUCACUGAAAUAAUGACUUGUAUUGUGGAUAUGUAUUGGUACCGUCUCGAGGAGGUUUCUUCAGAAAUGAUCGACACGUGGGAUAAGAAGAUACAAGUAGCAGAGAAACUUGAAUUCAACAUCGGUUGGAUUCGUGACCGCUUAGAAGAUAUUAAGAUAAAAUUUGCUGGGGAGAAAAAGCUUCAGGACACAUUAAUGGAACAGGAUCUGGCAAAGUCACAAGUUCUCGAGGCUGAGCAGCAGUUGGUCUUAGCAAAUGAUAGGUUGAAUAUGGCAAAAGAGCGACUUUUCGGCUUGGAAACUAAGACUUCUCCCUUACUUCUAGAGAGACAAAAUUUUCUGAAAAAAUGUGGCGGUCGUUUGCUGCUUUUUGAUGGCGUGCCACAUGCCAUGGCUCCAGUGGAAAAGGAUGCAACGGCGAUCGAAGAACCUAUUGAUAACAGCAACUCAGAGACAGUGCCUUCUACAGGAAUUGCGGCAUCAAUUCCUCGAAGAACAAGAACCUUAACUACAUCCAUGUCACCAGCUAAUGAAUCAAAGAGAAAAUCAUCUGGUGAUGGUGCAGGUGGUGGUAAUGGUCAACCUUCGGAAAAAAAACCAAAAGCUUCAAAAGAUGGGUGUGCAGUUACAUUACAAAGUAUUAGCGACUCUCCCAUGCCUUCAAGAGGUUCAUUGUCACCAGAAACCGUGUCUCUUGUGUAG